AUGAAACCCCACAGCGCUCCUCCUCAAGGCAAAAAAGCGCAUAGCACCUAUAUUGAGGAUGUGCACUCCCUCAAGCCGACCGAUGAGAAAGCACAGGGAGAUUACUCCGGUGCCACGGCCAAGACAAAUCCUAGGGAGUCGUCUUGUUCGAAAAUUGACCGCAAUGCCGUUCCUAAUGCUCGCCUAAAUGACCUCGAGAAGGAUCUUGGUCUCGUCGGUACCCAGUACAACACGUGUAUUUCGAUUUUAUUUGUCGGGUACUUGUUGAUGCAAAUUCCCUCCAACAUGCUCAUGUCUUCCAAGAAGGUCCGGCCGUCCCUGUACAUGAGUGUUUGCAUGGCUAGCUGGGCACUUGUCUCGGCUUGCACAGCUUUGACCAAGAACUAUGUCGGGCUAGUGAUGGUCAGGUUCUUCCUAGGUAUCACCGAAGCCCCCUUCUACCCCGGUGCUCUCUUCCUCCUAUCCGUCUUCUACACCCGUAAAGAAAUCGCUCUUCGCAUCUCAAUCUUAUACUCGGGUAAUAUCAUCGCAACAGGGGUUGCAGGUCUAAUCGCCGCAGCAACCUUCUCCACCUUGGACAAGACCCACGGUUUAGCAGGUUGGCAAUGGCUCUUCAUAAUUGAAGGCGUAGUCACAUUCGGAAUCGCCGUACUGGGCCUUUUCAUGCUUCCCGAUCACCCGCUCACCACGCGUUGGCUUACUCCCGAAGAACGUCAACUAGCCCACGAUCGCAUCAUCAGGGAUACAGUCAACAGCGAAGAAUCCAAGGGCCCCGUCGCGGGCUUGAAGCAAGCCUUCCGCGACCCACGGCUGUUCCUACUAGCCUUCAUGCAAAACAUGCACCUGAGUUCCUGCAGUUUCAACAACUUCUUCCCCACCGUCGUCGGAAGUCUGGGCUACAACAAAACAAUCACUCUCGUUCUUACCUGCCCUCCAUACAUCGCGACAUGUCUCGCUAGUAUCGUGAUAGGCAUCACCUCCGGUCGGUAUAACGAGCGUACUUGGCACAUCACCGGCUGCAUGGGCGCUGCUGUCAUAGGAUUCAUCAUAUCCUGCGUGACGCUGAAUACAGCUGCCCGAUAUAUCUCUUGCUUUUUGUUCGCCAGUGGUGCCUAUGCGGCUAAUUCUAUCAUUCUGGGUUGGGUCUCGGCGACGUUGGGACAGACACCUGAGAAGAAAGCGGCGUCCCUCUCUUUCAUUAAUGUUGUUGCGAAUGCCUCGUAUAUCUAUACGGCGUAUCUCUAUCCCAAGAGUGAUGGGCCUCGUUAUCUGAUUGCUAUGGCGUCAAAUGCGGCUUUUGGAUUCGCUGUCAUAGCCAGUGCCUGGGCUUUGAGGUUCUGGCUGCAGAAUACGAAUAGGAAGAUCAGGAGUGGUGUUCUUCCAGGUGCGGAUGAAGGUUUGCUGUAUGCUUACUGA